GGCUGCGGGUCCUCGACGCCGUCGUGCGUUGCGCUCGUUCCGCCUCCGCACCGCGACGUUUCGUGGCCCGUGGGCGCUCUCGCAGCGGCCGUCUCCCCCAUUCCUUGCCUCGCCACAGCUCGGUCUCUUCCGAAGGUCUGGAGAGCGGAGGCACUGCCGUGGAGCCCGGGAAAACAGUGAUGGAGCGGAGGCCAUCGAGGAGGUCGCGGGCCGGCGGCGGCGCGCGCUUGGCGCCCGGGCUAGUCCCCGCGUCCCGGCCCGCGGAGCUGCGGGGUGCGAAGCUCUGGCUCUUCCCCAGCGCCGACCCGCUCCGCAGCGCGCUGUCCCGGAGGACCGAGGCGACGCGCCAGAUGUGCUGCACGCGCGAACGCCUGGCUGUGCUGGAGCGCGGCGGCGCCGGCGUCGAGGUCCACCAGCUGCCGGCGGGGAGCGACGGCGCCAGGAAGCCGAAGUGCAUUAAGUUAGGGAAAAAAAUGAAGAUACAUUCCAUGGACCAAGGAGCAGAGCACAUGCUGGUUCUCUCCUCAGAUGGAAAACCAUUUGAGUACAACUAUAGCAUAAAACAUGCAAGGUUUCAGUGCAUUUUACAAGAAAAAAAUAAUAUAAUUCAGAUCACAUGCGGAGAUUAUCAUUCGCUUGCACUCUCAAAAGGUGGUGAGCUUUUUGCGUGGGGACAGAACUCAGACGGCCAGCUUGGAGUUGGAAGAGGAUUUGCCUCGGUCCCUACACCGCAGAUCGUGGAGCACCUCUCAGGAGUCCCCUUGGUUCAGAUUUCUGCAGGAGAAGCCCACAGCAUGGCCUUAUCCAUGUUGGGAAACAUUUACUCAUGGGGAAGAAAUGAUUGUGGACAGCUGGGCCUGGGCCACACCGACAAUAAAGAUUCUCCUUGCCUUAUUGAAAUGCCGGACAAUCAGAAAGUUGAAUUUCUCGCUUGUGGUGGCUCUCACACUGCCCUGCUAACAAAGGGUGGGCUGGUGUUUACUUUUGGUGCUGGAAAGUAUGGGCAACUCGGUCACAAUUCAACACAGAAUGAGUUAAGACCCUGUUUGGUAACUGGACUCGUGGGGAAUAGAGUGACCCAGAUAGCAUGUGGAAGGCAGCACACACUUGCCUAUGUUUCUGAUUUGGGGAAGGUCUUUUCUUUUGGUUCUGGAAAAGAAGGACAACUGGGGAACGGUGGAACACAUAAUCAGCUGAUACCGUGUCCCAUGAAAUUGUCAUCAAAGGAAGAACUCACAUUUGAAAGCCAUACCUCAGAAAAGGAGUUAAUAAUGAUUGCUGGAGGAGAUCAAAGCAUUUUGCUUUGGGUGGAAAAAGAGAAUUCCUAUGUUAAUCUGAGGAGGAGAAUUCCUACCUUGAAUGAAGGCACUGUAAAGAGAUGGAUUGCUGAUGUGGGGACUAAACAGUGGCAGAAUACAAAAAGGGAAAUCAGAGAGAUAUUUUCAUCUCCUGCAUGUCUGGCUGGAAGUUUUUUAAGGGAAAGAAUAGCUGCAGAAACGAUGUCUCUUCAUUUGGACUUAAAUGCAGCGAGGGACACCUUUAUGGAGUUAACCCAAAAGGACUGGAUUAGUAACACGGUGAUAACCACAUGUCUCAGGGAUACUCUGUUGAAAAAUCUUCCAUUUCAUUCUCCACAUCAAGAAGCUUUAGGAGUUUUCUUCCUUCUCCCAGAAUGUCCUGUGAUGCAUGACUGUAACAACUGGGAGAGCCUGGUGGUUCCUUUUGCAGAGGCUCUUUAUAAAAUGCGUGGCCAGUCGUCAGAGGUCCUGGAGGAAUAUUGGGCAUCUCUGCAAGAAGCUGCUUUCAUCAGACUGGUGCAGAUGUUUAAAACAGCCGUCAUUGCUCAGCUGAAUUAUUGGGCUGGAACUACGGAGAAUAACUAUCACAUUAAAACUCUCCUAGAAAUGAUGAAAAAGCUGCACAGGGUAAACCAGACUAAAUGUCAGCUGCCUGAAAAUAUCUUCAAAGUAAAUGAACUCACACACUUGCUUGAUUUUUAUGAAGAUGCAUACAGAAGGACCGUCUGGAAAAUGGGCGCAGACACUUCAGUGGACAUCCACUAUCCUGUCAUAUUCAGUCAUUUUCCAUUUAUCUUUAAUAUUCUGUCGAAAGUUAAACUACUGUAUGCAGACUCACUUUUAAAAAUACAGGAGAAGAGAUGGCGAGCUUGCGCGUUUUUGGCUGGCAUUGUGGAACAAGAAAGGUCUGAAUGUGCUUUACUGCCCACCAUUAAUCUAACAGUCAGAAGGAGUCACUUGAUUGAGGAUGUUUUGAAUCAGCUAAAUCAAUUUGAGAAUGAAGAUCUGAGGAGGGAGUUAUGGGUUUCAUUUAGUGGAGAAAUUGGAUAUGACGCUGGAGGAGUCAGAGCAGAGUUUUUCCAUUGUCUCUUUGAAGAAAUGACCCGGCCAGAAUAUGGGAUGUUCACAUAUCCUGAAGAGGCUUCCUACAUGUGGUUUCCUGUCAAGCCUAAAUUUGAGAAGAAGAGUUAUUUCUUCUUUGGGGUUCUGUGUGGACUCUGCCUGUUCAGUCGCAAUGUUGCCAACAUCCCUUUCCCACUGGCUCUGUUUAAGAAACUUUUGGACCAAGUGCCAUCGUUAGAAGACUUGAAAGAACUCAGUCCUGUUCUGGGACAGAGUUUGCAGACCCUUCUGGAUGAUGAAGGCGAUGACCUUGGAGAAGUAUUCCACAUCCAUUUUAAUGUGCAUUGGGACAAAAAUGAUGUAGACUUAAUUCCUAACGGAAGUCACAUAACUGUCGACCACGCUAACAAGAGAGACUAUGUUUCUAAGUAUGUCAGUUACAUCUUCAACAUCUCUGUAAAGGCGGUUUAUGAAGAGUUUCAAAGAGGAUUUUACAAAGUGUGCGACAAGGAGAUUAUUGAAUUUUUCCAUCCGGAAGAACUCAAGGAUGUGAUUAUUGGAAAUACAGAUUACGACUGGGAAACAUUUGAAAAGAAUGCACGUUACGAACAAGGAUAUGACAGUUCACAUCCCACCAUAGUGAUGUUUUGGAAGGCCUUACACAAAUUGACUUCGGAGGAAAAGAAAAAAUUCCUUGCGUUUCUUACAGGAACGGACAGAAUUCAAUUAAUAGGCUUAAAGAACAUGAAAAUAACAUUUUGCUGUCCUGAAGAUUUGAAUGAGAAAGAUCCCAUAAGGGCACAGACGUGUUUCAGUGUCCUCUACCUCCCUAAAUACUCUACAAUGGAAAGAGUAGAAGAAGCGCUGCAAGUAGCCAUCAACAGCAACAGAGGGUUCGGCUGACUGUACCUCUCACGCUUUCCCCCUUUCGGGAAAUAUUUUCAAAAAUAAAGUUAACUCAGAAGUGAACAUAAAAGUCUUGCCGACUGUU